AUGGGUGGUACUAGAGAAAAAAAAGCUCAAUACUUCUCUAAAUUGAGAGAGUUGUUAGAAGAAUACAAAUCAAUCUUUAUUGUUGGUGUUGAUAAUGUUUCUUCACAACAAAUGCAUGAAAUCAGAAAGGCCUUGAGAAAUGAUGCUGUUGUUUUGAUGGGUAAAAACACCAUGGUUAGAAGAGCCAUUAGAGGUUUCCUUGCUGAGUUGCCAGAUUAUGAAAAAUUGUUACCAUUUGUUAGAGGUAAUGUUGGUUUCAUUUUCACCAACUCUGAUUUGAAGACUAUCAGAGACACCAUUACUUCCAAUGUUGUUGCUGCACCAGCUAGAGCUGGUGCCGUUGCUCCAGCAGAUGUUUGGAUUCCAGCAGGUAACACAGGUAUGGAGCCAGGUAAGACUUCUUUCUUCCAAGCUUUAGGUGUUCCAACCAAGAUUGCCAGAGGUACUAUUGAAAUUGUUUCAGAUGUCAAAGUUGUCGAAAAGGACGGUAAAGUUGGUCCUUCCGAAGCUACUUUGUUGAACAUGUUGAACAUUUCUCCAUUCACCUACGGUAUGACUGUUGUUCAAGUUUACGAUAAUGGUCAAGUCUUCCCAGCAUCUAUUUUGGAUAUUACUGAUGAUGAAUUGAUCAGCCACUUUGUCAGUGCUAUCAACACCAUUGCUUCUAUUUCAUUGGCUGUUGGUUACCCAACCUUGCCAUCUGUUGGUCACUCAUUGAUCAACAAUUACAAGAAUGUUUUGGCUUUAUCUAUUGCUACUGACUACACUUUUGAAGGUUCAGAAGCUAUCAAAGAUAGAUUAGCUAACCCAGAAGCUUAUGCUGCUGCUGCACCUGCCGCCACCGGUGCUGCUGCUGAGUCUGGUUCUGCCGACGCUGCUGCUGACGCUGCUCCAGAAGAAGAAGCCGAAGAAUCAGACGAUGACAUGGGUUUCGGUUUAUUCGAUUAG